AGAAGAGGCAGUUGAAAAAGUUUGUGCAGUGAGUUGGAUCGUUUCAUUUAGUUGAGUUGCACAUUACCUUCCGUGUCCUUGCUCUCCCUGCAAUCUAGGGUUCCUCGAAUAUUCUGUAUCUUGCCUUAGUCUUUAAUCUUUUCUUUUUUUGUUUGAUUUCUCCGUCACUGUUCAUUUACUUCGAUCUGUUCAAUUCAGCGAUGAUUGAAGCUUUAGCACUUACUUAAUCCCGACUAAUUAGGGCUUUAUUGGAGAUCUCCUUUGUUGCGUCCAUAGAAUUCGCCAUGACAAUCGCCGAUGAUUCAGUUUUUCCCAUGGAUAAUGUGGCGAGUUGCAUACAGCUUUCUCCGCAAGAGGAAAACCGGAUUGUAUCGGAUUUGAUCAAGGAAUCGGAACUUUGUUUGACAGAAGGCAACUUAUAUUACGUCGUUUCUAACAGCUGGUUUUCAAGGUGGCAGAGUUAUGUUGGGCCUUGUGUUGGUAUGCUAUCAAUUAACAAACAAUCUUCUGAUGGCCAGCAUGCCAACAUGACACACACAAAGAUUGCGAACAGACCUGGGCCUAUUGAUAAUUCUGAUAUCAUUUCAAAGGAAAACAAUUUUGACAGCAACAGUUUAGAUAUUCGUCGAAUGUUGGAAGAGGGUACGGACUAUGUUUUAGUCCCUGAAAAAGUGUGGGAAAGGCUGUUGGAAUGGUACAAAGGUGGACCGGCAUUACCGAGGAAGUUAAUUUCUCAGGGUAUUGGACGUAAGCAAUACAGUGUUGAGGUUUACCCACUUAGUCUAAAGGUUACUGAUGCGAGAGACAACAGCUCGCUGAUUGUAAAAUUAAGCAAAAAGGCUACCAUAGGUGAACUUCAUGAGUUGGUGUGCAAAAUCAAACAAGUAGAACAAAAGAAGGCCUGUAUCUGGGAUUACUUCAAUUUGAGAAAACAUUUACCGCUGACAGUCUCAGAGCAGACAUUGGAGGAAGCUAACUUGUUGAUGGACCAUGAUAUUCUUCUAGAAGUAUUACCUGAUGGAGAUCACUCUUCUCAUUCUGGCAUGGAUUCAAUGGGAAAUGAACUAGCUUUGGUACCAUUAGAACCUUCUAGGUCAUCUGUGUCAAUUGCCGGGGGACCCACCAUGUCAAAUGGUCACUCAACUGGAUCUAGUUUUAGUUUGUAUCAGGGAACUUCUGUUAGUUCGUCAUUGACCAAUAUGGAUGAUAAACAUGAUAUCUAUAAAGGUGAAAGGGGUGGUUUGGCAGGACUGCAGAACUUGGGCAACACCUGCUUCAUGAAUAGUGCUAUACAAUGUUUAGUCCACACUCCACCGCUUGUUGAAUAUUUCUUGCAGGAUUACAGUGAUGAAAUCAACAUGGAAAAUCCAUUAGGAAUGCAUGGUGAGUUAGCACUUGCGUUUGGUGACUUGUUGAGAAAACUUUGGUCUUCAGGGCGAACUGCCAUUCCACCCCGUGCAUUCAAGAGCAAAUUGGCUCGAUUUGCUCCACAAUUCAGUGGUUACAACCAGCAUGAUUCUCAGGAAUUGCUUGCCUUUUUAUUGGAUGGUCUGCAUGAAGAUUUGAAUCGUGUGAAACAAAAGCCUUACAUUGAAAUGAAGGAUUCGGACGGUAGGCCAGAUGAGGAGGUUGCUUCUGAGUGUUGGAAAAAUCAUAUGGCUCGGAAUGAUUCAUUGAUUGUUGAUGUAUGCCAGGGUCAAUACAAGUCAACGUUGGUUUGUCCAGUAUGUGAAAAAAUUUCAAUCACUUUCGAUCCAUUCAUGUACUUAUCAUUGCCACUACCUUCCACUGUCAGUCGCACAAUGGUAGUAACUGUCUUCUAUUGUGAUGGGAGUGGUCUUCCAAUGCCAUACACCGUGACAGUUCUGAAGCAUGGUUCCUGUAGAGAUCUUUGCCAAGCAUUAGGCACUUCAUGUUGCUUGAAGAAUGAUGAAAUGCUUUUGCUUGCAGAAGUUUAUGAUCAUAGGAUUUAUCGAUAUCUAGAUCCAACAGAAUCAUUGAAUUCAAUAAAGGAUGAUGAACACAUCGUGGCGUAUCGAAUUAAAAGUGGAGCUAGCGAAACAAAACUUGAAGUAAUACACCGAUGGGCAGACAAUAUGAAGGGUGGAGAAAGGAAGCCCUUCGGAACCCCAUUGGUUACUUAUUUGGCAGAAGAUCCUCAAUUUGGAGCCAACAUUGAGGCUUCUGUACGUCAAUUGUUGGCACCUUUAAGAAGAGCAUAUUCUUCAACCAAGUCUCAUGAUGGUAAGGAAAAUGGUUUCGUCUCAGCUGGCAGUGAUGAACAACCAAUCAUCUCCAAUACUCACUGCGAAUCACAGAGUCUAACAAUUGGAAGCAAAGAACAAGCGGGAACAUCAUGCGGGGAGUCAUCUUUCCAACUUGUUUUAACUACCGAAAGUUCUGAACCCAUUGGGAAGGCUUCUUUUAUAAAGCCCAGCAAACUUAUAAGAGUUUUUCUUGAUUGGACUGAGAGAGAAAAUGAAUUGUAUGAUUCUAACUAUCUGAAGGAUCUCCCGGAAGUUCACAAAACUGGAUUCACUUCGAAGAAAACCAGGCAAGAAGCUAUUUCUUUGUUUUCUUGCUUGGAGGCAUUCUUGACGGAAGAACCUCUGGGACCAGAUGACAUGUGGUACUGCCCUAGAUGCAAGGAACACAGGCAAGCUACAAAGAAGCUUGACUUGUGGAAGUUGCCCGAGAUUCUUGUCUUUCACUUAAAACGAUUUUCAUACAGUAGAUACCUGAAAAACAAACUUGACACUUUCGUGAAUUUUCCCAUUCACAAUCUUGAUUUAACCAAGUAUGUGAAAAGCAAAGAUGGUCAGUCGUAUGUGUAUGACCUUUAUGCAAUCAGCAACCAUUACGGUGGUCUAGGUGGUGGGCAUUACACUGCUUAUUGCAAGUUGAUCGAAGACAAUAAAUGGUGUCAUUUCGAUGAUAGUCAUGUCACUACUGUUACUGAAGCCGAAAUAAAAUCCUCUGCUGCAUACGUGCUGUUCUAUCAAAGAGUUAGAACUAAAGGGCAGAUGGAUGGAGAGACAUCUCAGGUUCAUACAGUGUAGAUGCCUGGCUUGUAUGCUUUUUUAGCAGUUAGCACGAAACGGAGCUCAUGUCCUGAAUAGUUACUUAGCAGUGCAAAACUGCUACGUAAAAUGCCAAACAGAAUGUUACCUUGGCAUAACAACUAGCUAUUAAACAACAAUGUUUUAGAUGAGACAGAACAUUUGAUAUCAUUGGUAGUAUCAGUUCAAAUUACUACAUGAAUGAUAUCAUUUUUUGAUAGGGAAAUUUUGGCAGCCUAUGAUUUAUUUCUUAUUUUAUUUCAUCGGAGGUUAAAAAAGAUGAUCAUAUUGAUUUCGUCAUAAUUGUUGUUUGACUGUUGUAUUGUAUGCAUUCACAUCGUGUGCCUUGGGCGGCACGUGUUUGUGAAAGAAAUCAAUGGUGCCCUCCUUCACUCGUAAUGUUGUUAGGAUUCUAGUACCCUUUGUCACGUGGAAGAGAUGAACAGCACCUCAUUAUAUUUA